CUCCAUCUGAUACAGACUAAGAGCCGUCAACCCGGAACGAAUACUAGCAACAUAUUCUUGACAUCUACUUUUUCGGCUGUAUAGUACCUACCAUCAAUCGACACGCGUGCCGACACGACCCGCACUUCGAGGACCGACCGCCAAAAGCAGAUGUACACCUCGUGAAACAUCCAUCAUCAUGUACGGCGAACAUGGCAAUAAAUUAGUCCAACAUGCCAAACGCACCCAGGCCCUUACCCAUCUCCCUCCAUAUCAAACCGAACUGGUCCGCGCCGUAGCUCGCGAAGUUCGCGACCUCGACCGCGACGUGGCCCACCUCCUCUCCCCCUUCGAAGGCAGCUUCAAUCCCUCCCAAGACCCAGCCACCGCGUGUGCCCUCCUCGUCGAUCACCUCUGCAUGCGCCGCAACAAGCGAUGCCUCCUCGCCUACCAUCGCGUGCGUACCGAAAAGCUCGAGGAACUGUGCUGGACGGGUGUGGAUGUGCUGGAACAGCAGCUACCAACGGCAGAGGAAGGGCCCGGAGGUGCGUCAGGCCAGGGAGCGGGCGGGUACGGGGCGGCGAUGGCAUCCGCCAGUGGGAACCAUAGCUCGCUGAGUCCCGAGGAAGAGGAGUAUUUUCGGCAGUAUAGUGAUCUACUGGCGGCUUAUAAGGGACAGUGGACGGACGUUGAUCUGACGGGGACUUUGGAGCCCCCGAAGGAUCUGUUUAUUGAUGUGAGGGUCUUGAAGGAUGCGGGCGAGAUUCAGACCGAGUAUGGGGUGAUCAAUUUGACCAAAAACAGCCAGCUCUACGUGCGGCAAGGGGAUGUCGAACGGUUGAUCGCGCAGGGGUUUCUGGAGCGACUGGGCUAAAGGCGAGCGAAGAGUUUCAGAUCAUGCACGUUUUGUUUUAUGAUACCCAUUGAUUAAUGCAUGAGAAUGGAAUGCUGGUCCUCCGUAGUCUCCUGGGUGCUACUUAGUACGCUGCACGCCUGCAAGGUAGCUACUUAGCUAGUACUUAUUAUCAAAUUGCGUAGAGUAAUACGGCAUCACA